CGCUGAUCACCGGGAAAUGCAAUUGCCGGUUCUCGGCUGCACUCUCCUCACGCUGUCAGAUCGUGAGGAAAGUACUGCCGAGAACCGGCAGUUGUCAGAGCAGGGAUCGGCACCGAUCAUCAGGGCACUGAUGAUCAGUGCCCUGAUGAUCGGUGCCAAGCAGUGCCACCCAACAGUUCCACCCACCUGUGCCCAGCAGUCAGUGCUGUCAGUCAGUGCCACCAGUCAGUGCCCAGCAGUUGUGCCAGUCAGUGCCACCUAUCAGUGCUGCCUAUCUGUGACACCUCAUUAGUGCCGCCUAUCCGUGCCACCUCAUUAG